GCCCCCCCGACCCCACGUGGUUGGAGGUUUCCAGAAGCGCUGCCGCUGGGCCGCCGCGCAGCUCUUGGCCGUCCGAACGCGUUUGCCGCUUCGUACUUCCACCAUCUAGCGCCAUGAUAAGUGCCAGCCGAGCCGCGGCUGCUCGUCUUGUCGGCGCCGCAACCUCCCGGGGCCCCACAGCCGCGCGCCACAAGGAUGGCUGGAAUGGCCUUAGUCAUGAAGCUUUUAGAAUUGUUUCAAGGCGGGACUAUGCAUCAGAAGCAAUCAAGGGAGCAGUUGUUGGUAUUGAUUUGGGCACUACCAACUCCUGUGUGGCGGUUAUGGAAGGUAAACAAGCAAAGGUGUUAGAAAAUGCUGAAGGUGCCAGAACCACCCCUUCAGUUGUGGCCUUUACAGCAGAUGGUGAGCGACUUGUUGGCAUGCCGGCCAAGCGACAGGCUGUCACCAACCCAAACAACACAUUCUAUGCCACCAAGCGUCUCAUUGGCCGGCGAUAUGAUGAUCCUGAAGUACAGAAAGAUAUUAAAAAUGUGCCCUUUAAAAUUGUCCGUGCCUCCAAUGGAGAUGCCUGGGUUGAAGCUCAUGGAAAACUCUAUUCUCCAAGUCAGAUUGGAGCAUUUGUGUUGAUGAAAAUGAAAGAGACUGCAGAAAAUUACUUGGGGCAUACAGCAAAAAAUGCUGUGAUCACUGUUCCAGCUUAUUUCAAUGACUCUCAGAGACAGGCCACUAAGGAUGCUGGCCAGAUAUCUGGACUAAAUGUGCUUCGAGUAAUUAAUGAACCCACAGCUGCUGCUCUGGCCUACGGUCUAGACAAAUCAGAAGACAAAAUCAUUGCUGUAUAUGAUCUAGGUGGUGGAACUUUUGAUAUUUCUAUCCUGGAAAUUCAGAAAGGUGUAUUUGAGGUGAAGUCCACCAAUGGAGAUACGUUCUUAGGUGGUGAGGACUUUGACCAGGCCUUGCUACGACACAUUGUGAAGGAAUUCAAAAGAGAGACGGGGGUUGAUUUAACCAAAGACAACAUGGCACUUCAGAGGGUUCGGGAAGCUGCUGAGAAAGCUAAGUGUGAACUCUCUUCAUCUGUGCAGACCGACAUUAAUUUGCCAUAUCUUACGAUGGAUGCUUCUGGACCCAAGCAUUUGAAUAUGAAGCUGACUCGUGCUCAGUUCGAAGGGAUUGUCACUGAUCUAAUCAGGAGAACCAUUGCCCCAUGCCAGAAAGCCAUGCAAGAUGCAGAGGUCAGCAAGAGUGACAUCGGAGAAGUGAUUCUUGUUGGUGGCAUGACUAGGAUGCCCAAGGUUCAGCAGACUGUACAGGAUCUCUUUGGCCGAGCCCCAAGCAAAGCUGUAAACCCUGAUGAGGCUGUGGCCAUUGGAGCUGCCAUUCAGGGAGGUGUGUUAGCUGGUGAUGUCACAGAUGUCCUCCUCCUCGAUGUCACUCCCCUGUCUCUGGGUAUUGAGACUCUGGGAGGUGUUUUUACCAAACUUAUCAACAGAAACACCACUAUCCCAACCAAGAAAAGCCAGGUGUUUUCUACAGCUGCUGAUGGUCAGACUCAAGUGGAGAUUAAAGUGUGUCAGGGUGAGAGAGAGAUGGCUGGAGACAACAAACUUCUUGGACAGUUUACUUUGAUUGGAAUUCCCCCAGCCCCUCGUGGAGUCCCUCAGAUUGAAGUUACAUUUGACAUUGAUGCCAAUGGGAUUGUACAUGUUUCAGCAAAAGAUAAGGGUACAGGACGUGAGCAGCAGAUCGUGAUCCAGUCUUCCGGUGGGUUAAGCAAAGAUGAUAUUGAAAAUAUGGUUAAAAAUGCAGAAAAGUAUGCGGAAGAAGACCGGCGAAAGAAGGAACGGGUUGAAGCUGUUAAUAUGGCUGAAGGAAUUAUUCAUGACACAGAAACAAAAAUGGAAGAAUUCAAGGACCAAUUGCCUGCUGAUGAAUGCAAUAAGCUAAAAGAAGAGAUUUCCAAAAUGAGGGAACUUCUGGCUCGGAAAGACAGCGAAACCGGAGAAAACAUAAGGCAGGCAGCAUCUUCCCUUCAGCAGGCAUCACUGAAGCUCUUCGAAAUGGCAUACAAAAAGAUGGCAUCUGAGCGAGAAGGCUCUGGAAGUUCUGGCACUGGGGAACAAAAGGAAGAUCAAAAGGAGGAAAAACAGUAGUAACAAUAAACUUUGGAGUCAAAAUACGACGCUUGGGAGUGAAGGGAUUUCCUGAGCAGAAAUGGGCAAACUUCAGUCUUUUACUGUGUUUUUGCAGUAUUCUAUAUAUAAUUUCCUUAAUAUGUAAAUUUAGUGAGAAUUAGCUAAUGAUAAUUAAUGAGAAUUUCAACCAUACAAAGUUCAUAGUACUCUGUCAUUUUUUUCAGCAGCACGUAAAGAAAGGGUGGGGAGGGGGGAUGAUUUAUGGAUGAUUAUUGAAACAAUGUUUUGUGCUUUAGUACCCAUAUUUUCAAGAGGUGAAACUACCUCGAAACAUAAUAAUGAAGGUAGUCAGCCAUAGACCUGGAAUGAGAUCAUAUGGGGAUGGGAUCUUUCUAGUUAACUGAGAACUACUACACCAGCCUGUUACAUACUUAACAAGGUGUUCUUUAACUGAGGCUUUGCAAGGCAAGCCAGCUGUGUCACAUUGGGAGGUAGGGCAGGAGUAACUAUAUCAAUGGAAAAAUAGCUGUAAUAUACAGCUUUAAAAUAGGGCUCCUUAACUUCCCUAAGGCAUAUUUUUCUAGCUAUCUUCUGUUCUGUGACUGGCACUUGUGUCCUUGUUGAUUUUUUUUUUUUUUUUUGAUCCAUUCUGGGUUUCUUUUUUAAAUAAAUACAAAUAGCAUCUUGAUCUCUUGUUUUUGAGGAGUGAUGCUCUGGAGAUUUAGCUUCAGGAAUAGGACAUGAAUCCUACUUCCCAAUUCCCUGACCUAAAAAAGUCACUCAGGUUUCUAACAUUGGCCAAAAUUCAGGAUUUGGAAGGGCUGGUAUAAUGAAAUACUAUUACCAAGGACAAUCCAUCAGGAUUUGACUCUUUCUAUGUUUCUCCUGUUUAAUCCUGAAUGAGUUGCCUUGUCCCAUACUCUCUGAUACAGUUCUGGUUAAAUGCUGACACCUUCAGAAGCAGAAGGGUGACUGUCUUUCCUAUAUUAGUUAAGUGUGAAGAAUUAUUUACCAAAAGUUUUCCCACAGUCUCCCCCCCACACACCCUUUUGCGAAUUACUGUCAUAUACCAUGCCCAAAGGAAUCUGUCAGUCAAGAACAUGGCUUUAGACCCCAUCAGAUGUAAUGCCCUCUUUCAUUCUAUGAGAUCUAAAAAUGAAAUUGAUGUAUAAUUAAGUCAAUAUAGUGCUCUAAUGUGAAGGAGAUUGUUUACACAAGUAUUACAUUCCUGAAAAAUUAAGUGUUCCUUAACACCCAUGUAAACAUUUCUGGAGAUUCAUAUGAAAAAUAAAUUCUAGGCUCAAGUUUUCAGCUAUGUGAAAACUUGGGAACCUUGUGGGAUGUGCAA